AUGAGGCACACUCUCGCCUCAAUCAUCUCGGUCACGAUUUUGAGCACCGCUUGUCAGGCCUUCAGGAUCAUCUCCCCUGCCUAUGAGAUGGGUUGGGCGUCGAGAGGCAGACACUUGAUCCAGUGGGAGGACUACUCUUCCAGUCAGACAAUCGACAUGUCCCUUACCUACCCCGAUUCCACCACCCAAAACAUCUUCAGCCGCGUUCCCGCCGACCAAGGCGUUGCAGUCUAUACUUCUCCCAACCGCCUUCCCUCCGGAAACUACAGCCUCUUCUUCAGCGUCUUUUCAGAUGGAGAAGUGAAUACGCUGUCUUCAGAGUUUUCGGUUUGGAAUGACACGGAGCCGGUGUUGGAUGAUAAUGUGAUGUGGAUUAUCUAUCGGGUGAGAGGGAAAAAGUCUUGUGGAUGGCAUUGGCCGUGGGAGAGCUCCGCUGUGAGUUCAUUAUUCUAA